CAUGAAUGUUAGGCUGAUUUGAGUCUCUACAUUCUCGCUAGGAGUGUGAGUCUGAAUGAAUGUUUGUCUUGGUUCUGUGAUGGACUACAAACUCCCCCGCGACCAUGCAUUUAAAUAAUUCGUUGCAUCGAGAAAACGCCAUUAAGAAGAAGAGGAAGCAGGAAAAAAAGACCGCUCUCUCGUAUAAUCAUUUUUUUUUUAUACCACAAAGCUUUAUUAUGAGUAAGAUGUGUCACACGGCAUCUGUUUCCUGACACCAGCGUCAGGAGUUAAUGACGUCAUCACCCGUAAACUAGAGGUCCAGCCUUCAGCUUGACUCCUCGCAAAUCUUGUCUUAACGCAGUUGAGGGUUAUCAUUCGCACCAUCAUGCCCAGGUUUUUCACCUUAGUUUUUCCUAUAAUUUUUUACUUAGCUCUCAUAUCUACGACCCAAGCGCAGACUCCGACCCCGUCUCCACCUCCGGUUCCGUGUGACCUGAAAUCCAACACCAGCUGUGCUGACUGCUUGCAGAAUGUCGCUUGUUUGUGGUGCAUCCCAACAAAACAAUGCAUUGACUACCCAGUAAAGAAUAUCCUGCCCCCCAGCAGUGUUUGUCCCCUGAAUGAUGCACGCUGGGGGGUAUGUUGGGUCAACUUCCAGGUAUUGAUCAUCACCAUGUCAGUUCUGGCUGGUAUCAUCAUCAUUGCUAUUCUUGUUUGCUGCAUCUGCUGCUGCAAAUGUGAAAGAAUUGGGAACAAGAGAGAAGAUGCACAAGUGGAACAACAAAGCAGAGCGAGAAAGGCUCGUCAGAAAGCGAGGAGAACAGAGAUGCAGCUAAGGCAUGAUGAAAUAAGACAGAAAUAUGUGGUCAAACAGAAACAAAAUGAAAAAUCAUGUAGGACAAAGACAUGAUAGAUGAGGUAAAGAGAAUGAAAUCUGAACAGGUCUGGCAAAGGAGAAUCCAUAUUCUCGUAUGGAUGAUCAUUAAGAAGAAUCUUAGUGAUGACUUCAAUGAUCUGACUGGUGCCAGUAACAAGAUACAGCACACAAGUAUCUUAUGAUCAACUGUGAUGGUCUGGAUUGAUUUGAGUUUGACACUAUUUGAAAAACACUUUAUUAACCUAAUGUUUAAGUUUUAUAGGCAAAUGGUGCUCUAAAUGGUGUUUAAAAAGUAAUAAUGUUAAUAUCUUGACUGGAUUUAAAUGAUUUUUAAGCUAACGCGGUUUUCCAAAAGCAGUGGAAAAGGUAAGGAGAAACCUAUGAAAGUGUCAAAACCCAAGAUAAGUAGAAAUUCCUGUUGUAUUUUGCACAAAAUGCUGUUUUGUAGUAUGUAACGAAGUCCAGAGCUGAUUUAUGCUUGCAGGGUUUCUUUUGUAAUAUGCCGUUUUACUUUACAGCUCAUAUCAAAAUUUCAACUUUUAAUUUUUUUUAAAAAAAUGUAAAAGAAUUGAUUUUUUUUUUUUUUUUUGUUAAUUAAUUAAACUUAAUUGGUUAAAAUAAAUCAGUGUUGUAGAAUAUAUCUGAAUUAAGUUUUGUUUGUUUGUCCCCCAUUAAAAAGUAGUUGUGAUCUUAAAUUUGAUUUGG